CCUCCCGGCGAGGCCCGAGCGCGAUUGGGCGCGCGGGCCGGGGCGGGGCCUGGCCGGGGAGCGGCGCGUGCGCGGAGCGGCGGGAAGAUGGUGCUGAUCAAGGAGUUCCGAGUGGUUUUACCUUGCUCCGUGCAAGAGUAUCAAGUUGGGCAGCUUUAUUCUGUGGCAGAAGCUAGCAAAAACGAAACAGGAGGUGGGGAAGGAAUUCAGGUCUUAAAAAACGAGCCUUAUGAACAGGAUGGCGAGAAGGGACAAUAUACUCACAAAAUCUAUCACUUAAAGAGUAAAGUCCCUGGGUUUGUAAGGAUGAUUGCUCCAGAAGGCUCCCUGGUGUUCCACGAGAAGGCCUGGAAUGCAUAUCCCUACUGUAGAACAAUUGUGACAAAUGAAUACAUGAAAGAUGACUUCUUCAUAAAAAUUGAGACCUGGCAUAAACCAGAUUUGGGAACAACAGAGAAUGUUCACAAUUUAGAUCCAAACACAUGGAAGAGUGUUGAGGUUGUCCAUAUUGACAUUGCAGAUAGAACUCAAGUAGAACCAGGAGACUACAAAGCUGAUGAAGAUCCUGCAUUAUUCCAGUCAGUUAAGACAAAGAGAGGACCUCUGGGGCCAAACUGGAAGAAGGAGUUAGCAACUGAUGAGGAGUGUCCCAAAAUGUGUGCUUACAAAUUGGUGACCAUCAAAUUUAAGUGGUGGGGACUGCAGAACAAAGUGGAAAAUUUUAUACAAAAGCAAGAAAAAAGGAUAUUUACCAACUUCCACCGCCAGCUGUUCUGUUGGAUUGACAAAUGGAUUGAGCUGACUAUGGAGGACAUCAGGAGGAUGGAGGAUGAAACCCAGAAGGAGCUGGAAGCGAUGCGUAAGAAGGGUUCCGUUCGAGGCACUUUGGCUGCGGACGUCUAGAGGAGUUCUCUGUAGGUUCUGAGGCAAAGCGAGCUGUCUGCGUAACCAAGGCCAAGUGAGAGGAACGAGUGCUGCCAAUGACGAGUGACGCCGGACGGACGCCGGUGCCGGAUCCUGGCUGUGUGUGUGGGUGCAUGACUCUGUAUAUAACUACACACACACAUGCAGACACAAGGGGUGGUUACAGUGUCUCUCUGGGUGCUAUACCUGUCCUAGCAAAGAUUCCAAGGAAACUUGCUUUCAUUAUGUAUACCCCAAGCAAAUAAAAAAAUCAACUGAGUAGUGUCAUUUAAAGGAUGAAUUUUGCUAACUGGUAUGUUCAUGAAUGUCAAUACUGGACCAAUUUCUGCCCUACUUGUUUUCUCUCCUGUCCAAGUCACUCUGCUCUAACUCGCCCAUCUCUCGUUGUAAAGGAACACUCAAACAAGUUAAUUUCAGUUUUAUGUCUUCCCUAUGUGAUGAGUUUUUGGAAUAGGAACAAUGAAUGUAUUUAUAGCUAUUUAUUUCUGGAUUGUCAUUAUCCUCUAGUCAAAUCAGAAAAAAAAAUUUCUAUUAGUGGAAAUUGGAAGACUUUUACUGUUGAAUAAGUUUAACCCAAACUUUACCCACUCACUGAUUUAAAAGAAAAAAAAAAUCAUGUUUUAUUGGACUUUUGUACAUUGAAAUGCUAACAGUUUUCUUCAUUAAAAUUGGCAAGACUAAGGAAAAA